AUGCCGUCCCUAAACCCUAGUUAAACCCUCCAUCCCCCACGGAUUCUCUCCGGAUUCUUCCAGCCCUUUCAAUGGCGUUCUUCUCGAGCAUUCGCAAUGCGCUCGCGAAGUCCUCCGUGUCUCCAUCGGUUUUCCAAUCUCAGCCCUCUUUGAGCAGCUUUUAUUCAACGCUCACGGCGCCCAAGUUAUUUGUCAGCGGCCUUUCUAGAAUGACGACAGAUGAAAAGCUUCAGGAGGCAUUUGCAGCUUUUGGAAAUCUUGUUGAAGCGAAGGUUAUUACGGAUAGGAUGUCUGGCAGAUCAAAGGGGUUUGGCUUUGUCACAUAUGAAACAAUUGAAGAAGCAGAGAAAGCCAGAGAAGGAAUGAAUGCUAAAUUUCUAGAUGGAUGGGUUAUAUUUGUGGACCCUGCGAAACCAAGGGAGCUGAGGCCUCCACCUCAACAAGAGCCUCAACCUUCGGAAACUGGUUUCAGGACCAAUAAGACCGUUGGAUGGUGUGGUUAAUGCUUGUUGUGUCCAUUUCCAAUGUUCCCAUUCUUGAUUGUGGUUCUACGCUCUAAUUUAUUUGGUGCCUGAUGCUCUUGGAUUGAUUGAGAAGUGGAUCAAAACCAUUGUUUGGGAUGAGGAUUGUCAAGUCUUCAUAUAUUAAGUUGAUAUGUAUAAAUCACGUGCUAUUCAACUUUUCAUGUUCCUUUUUGUUUCUGA